CUCCUUUCCUGGACUCUAAUUCGCGACUCCCCUCGCUCGCACGGCACAACGCGGAGUGAGCGCCAGGCGGAGAGCGCGGGCAGUGGAGAGAGUGACAGAGACGAGAGGCAGUGGAGAGAGAGGCAGGGGAGAGAGGCAGGAGACGAGAGGCAGGGGAGAUAGUGACAGAGACGAGAGGCAGGAGAGAGACAGAGACGAGAGGCAGAGAAGAGGCAGGGGAGAGAGUGACAGAGACGAGAGGCAGUGGAGAGAGUGACAGAGACGAGUGGCAGGGGAGAAGCAGGGAGAGUUGGAGGAGAGCAGGGAGGGGAGACGCAGAGAUCGAAUUAAACUCGAAUAGCGGCACCAGCAGGAGAACGUCAUCCUCACCUCGUCAUAUCCCAGGCUGUCGUCUCCCUCUUGAAGCCAUGCUCCAUCCGCUGCUCGCCUCGUGGUGUCCGCUGCUGCUGCUGCUGCUCAUGGCGUCUGGGGUCCGGGUUCGAGCCCAGGACCCACUGGGUUCACCGUGCCCCGAGGGAUACACCUGGGACAGCGAGAUUGAGCAGUGCAGAGACAUAGACGAGUGCCUGACGAUCGCCGACGCGUGCAAGGGCGGCCUGCGCUGCGUCAACAACUUCGGGGGCUACCUCUGCCUGCCGCACUCCGCCACGCUCAUCUUCACGGUGGGCACCGAGGAAGGUGGGGCCGCCCAGGACGCCCACAGGGGGACGCAGCCCCCCGCGGCACCCCCGCGAACCCAGGGGACCUCCACCGGGCCCCCUUCGGUUCUCCGUCCCCCCGCGGCGCUGCCCGCGCUGGAGCGGUUGGCGUUCAGCGCGGGGGAGCUGGUCGAGCCGCCCCCCGGCCCCCCGGCCCCCCGAGCCCAGGGCCCCUACGCGGACCCCCCGGUGAGGGCGCCCCACGUGGUCUGCUCGCCGGGGUACGAGGGAGACUCUGCCGGGCGCUGUGUGGACGUGGACGAGUGUGCCCGCGGCUCGCACCGCUGCCGCGCCGGCCAGCGGUGCGUGAACGAGGCGGGCAGCCACAGCUGCCGCUGCCCGGAUGGCUUCACGCUGCUGGGCGCGCAGUGCGUGGACGUGGAUGAGUGUCGCUUGGGCCUCUGCUCCCACCAGUGCCUCAACUCGCCCGGCUCGUUCCGCUGCGCAUGCAGCAUCGGGUUCAGCCUCGCGGCCGACAACCGCACCUGCACAGACCUGGACGAGUGCGAGGUGGAGCGCCCCUGCUCGCAGAACUGCCUCAACCUCUACGGCUCCUUCCUGUGCCGCUGUGACAGCGGCUUCGAGCUGGACGGGGACCAGAGGUCAUGCCGAGACGUGGACGAGUGUGCAUUCUCGCAGUACCUGUGCCAGUUCCGCUGUGAGAACCACGCGGGCAGCUACGCCUGCUCGUGCCCACAUGGCUACCGCCUGCAGAGCGACACGCGCAGCUGCCGCGACGUGGAUGAGUGCGAGGAGGGCAGCCACGGGUGCCCCGAGGGCGCGAGCUGCUUCAACGUGCAGGGCAGCCACCGCUGCCUCCCGCGGAUCACCUGCAGCGCGCCCUACACGCUCAUCGGGGACAACCGCUGCGUGUGCCCCGGCGAGAUCCCGGCGUGCCGCGAGGAGCCCUACAUCGUGCUGCACAAGGCGAUGCAGAUGCAGGCCGGCCGCACCGCUCCCUCCGACGUCUUCCAGAUGCAGGCGACGGCGCAGUACCCGGGCGCCUUCUACACCUUCCGCAUCGCCGCCGGCGACGACGCGGGCCACUUCCUCAUGCGGCAAAUCGGCUCUGCGAGCGCGAUGCUGGUGCUGACGCGCCCGGUGACGGGGCCCCGCGACCUCGUGCUGGACCUCGAGAUGUUGACCAUCAACCCGGCGGCCGGCACGCGCGGCAGCUCCAUCAUCCGCCUGAGCAUCUUCGUCACCGAGCACCCAUUCUGAUCCCCCCCUCCCUCCCUCCCUCCCUCCCUACCUCCCUCCCUCUUUCCCUCCCUCUCCCUUACCUCUCUCUCACUCUCGCUCGACAGUCACCGAGCACCCCUUCUGAUCCCCCCCUCCCUCCCUACCUCCCUUCCUCUUUCCCUCCCUCUCCCUUACCUCUCUCUCACUCUCGCUCGACAGUCACCGAGUGCCACUUCUGAUCAACAUCUCUGUGUCUCUCCCUAUCUCCCUUAUCUCUAACUCUCGUGACACAGCUCUCUCGCGAACGUAUUGCUCCGUGUCGACCUCUCUCGUUAACUCUUCCUUAGCUCUCUCGUGUUAAAGUCAGCGAGCACCCAAGGGAGACUUUCUUUCACUCUCCCUUACCCCUCUCUCUCUCUCUCACGUUACAUCUCCAUUAUGACCUAAAAACUCAAUGUCACUCUCUCUCUCUCCACCCCUCUCCAAUCCCUCCUUAUGUUUUCAAUGUCGUCAUCAGCCAUCAUCAAUCCACUGCUGGGUGAAGCCCUUCCCAAGUCGUCGCGUCAGCCCUCACUACCUGCCUUCUCUCCUCAAUCUCUCGCGUUCCCUCUCUCUGCUGCUCCCCCAUGCUCUCCCUCGGCGGUGGUUGUGGACACGGUGUUGUCUGAGUGAGACGCUUCGUCCCCAGCGCAACGCGAUGACUCGUCACGCACGCGCAUGUGUGUGUUUAUAUCCACCCGAGUUCGAUUCCCGCUCACGACCACCAACACCAGUGAGGAUUAUCUGAACCGGUUUUGGGCCUCACCUACGUCGACUCAGUCUAAAAUGAGUACCCGGUGCGGUGUGUAAGCAUAUCGCCCAUGAGAGAGACAAAGGCGGCCGGGUGCAGUGCUGGCCACCCACCCCCUCGUGUCUCCGUGCUAAAUGGCGGCGGGGGGGGGGGGGUCUUUGUCUUUAUAUCGAAUAGUGAGUGGACGAUUCAAUUGCAGACAGAACCACGAAACCAGAAAGCCCCCUCGCGUCAAUCCCCCCAUUCCAGAAUAACCACAAAAAGUGCAGUUUGAGGCCCCAGUCAACGUUCGCUCGGUGGGAGGUCGCUCAUUCCACUCAUGCUGCCCAACGUGGCCUGGAGCCCCCCCUCCCCCCCCCCCCCCCAGUAGUCCGUGCAGUGGACUCGUUUGCCCCGGUUCAAAGUCCCCGGCUCAAGGCUUUCCUUUGCUCAUGCGCCCGUGGCAGACGCCCGCUGAUCCGUUGCCAGCGUCUCGAGCCACGCGGUCCGCCACGCGGUCCGCCACGAGACGCUGCGUAGACCCCUCGCGGUGCUGAGCGUGAGCCGUCUGCCAGUAAAGCGGACAGCACCUUGCGUCGCCUCGCCCCCUCUCGCCAGAUCCGUCGUUCGUCUUCUCGCUCCCUUUCUCCAUCGUUACAAAUCCCAACUCUAACUUAAACGUUAACCGUUUUGUGUCCGUUCGCUUCUCUGUACAUUGCGUGGUUUUCAUUUAUUAGGAACUCGCUAAAACACACACACACAAAGUGAAAUGUUAAGUGUUGCCCGCGUUUCAAUUAGCCCCGUCGUGCUAGCGUGUGAACGGUUGUAAUUAUUAUUGGCGCAUUCUUGUUGUUGUUGUUGAUGAUGAUGAUGGCAGCUCCACAAUUGUGAACACAGACGCCGGUCAUCCUGGUUGCACGAGCAGUGACCACCAACGUGGUCGCCUUGGCUUGGGUUUUCCACCUCCGAGCCACAAGAAAUUCGGGACGAAUCAUGGGAAGAAGAUGAAAGAUAUCCCAUUACUGUGUACGGGAAUAGUGGAGAACUACAUGGCAAUGCGUGUCCUUGAGUGGUGGAGUAGUAUUAUUGUUAUGCAACCGACAAAAGCCCGGAUUUUAAAUGUCAACACUAUACGAACUCACUCUGUUAUCUCCACUGAAGCCCUCUCGUCGCAGCGAGCAGAUCUCGAUAUCGGCAUGGGUCUCAACACAUCGCUGCCAUCGUGACCACGAACACAACAAUAGGUCUACGGUGCCUGAAUGCGGUUAAAGUUUUUUUUUUAAUCUGUACUUCUCACGUGUUGUUCAUAACCAGUGCACGUUUAUAAUAAACCUAAUUAAAACCCUAA